UUCUCGUUCCUGAUGACGGAGGCCCUGCUGAUAUUCUCCCCGGAGACCUCGCUGCUCCGCUCCUUCUCCCGCAAAGUCAAAGUACGGGUGCACUGGGCCCUCCAGCUGCUCGCCCUCCUCUGCGCCCUCCUGGGGCUGGGCGUCAUCACCUACAACAAGCACCUGAACGGCAAGGCCCACUUCGUCACCUGGCACGGCCUGACGGGGCUGCUGACCGUGCUGUACGCCGGCGGGCAGUGGGCGGGGGGGGGGGUCCUGCGCUUCNUGCUGGGCUGCGCCAGCCUGAUGCUGGGCAUGUGCUCCCUGUGGUUCACCACCUUGGUGACCAGCGUCUCCUGGUACCUCGCCAUGCUGUGUCCCCUUCUCACCAGCCUGGUUAUCAUGAACCAGGUGAGCAAUGCUUACCUGUACCGCAAGCGGAGCCAGCACUGA